GCAUUUCGCGACGUUACUCUAUUCGUCGUUUACGAUUGCGUGGGAUCACCAUUUCAACGUAACUGAGUAAAACGAGAGAUGAUACUAUUCGCGAUCGUACUACUCGGUUUGACCAGCCUGGUCUCAGCCAAACCCACUUUUUUGUCUGUACCCUUGACAUACGCGACACCCCUGACUGCCCUGACAUCUGAUAUACAAGUUGGUAUCAACAGCGGAGCAUUGGACGGACCGGAAACCGCGCACAUUAACGAGAGGACAGAGUUGGCGAAUGGGAUUGCCAGUUCAGCCGUUGGAUCCUUACGAGAACGACAAUCGCUUUUUCGUGAUAAUGCGCCACCGAUAACGUCUUCCGCACCUCUUGGCACCGACGGCAGAGUCGUGGAUACGCCGGAAGUCGCAGCUGCGAAGGUGGCUCAUGCGGCAGCGCAUGUCCACGAGAGAAUCAACCUGGCGAACGAGAUUGCGAGGUCCAACGGUGGUGCACUGGUGGAUUCGUCUGACGUCGCCGACAGCAGGAUUCUGAAUGCACCGGAAGUCGCGACCGCGCGUGCCAACGGGAAGAUCUCUCCGAUGAACGAGGUUGCGAGAUCCAGCGAUGCUCUCCCAAAUGCCGUGAACGGUCGUGUAGUGCCAUUGGUGCUUGGCAACAACGUCAUUGCUACUCUGGUACCCAUCAGUCCCAAUGGCAAGCCAUUGGACGUACCGGAAGUGGCUGCGCGUGGAGAUCAGAAUUUGGCGAACGACGUGAAAUCUGUCGAUGCUUUGGCGAUCGCUGGAAGAGCGCUUGCUUACGGCAGAUUAGUUUAUUGAGGAAGGUUUUGCUGCUUAAAGGAAAUACAGCUUACACUGAGAAAAAGAUACUUCAAAAUUUAUUAGUAGGAUAUAAUGUUUAUU